CAGUCGAUUAACAUUGCUAGCUGUGUUUGAUAACUGUAGCCCCGCAAAAAAAAACGUGCGCACGUUCUUUUAUUUCUGGUUUUGUUUUUGCUGGAAAACUUAGUGAAAAUAUGGUCAAGGCGCGAAAAGAGGUGCAAUGCGACCACUGCGGCACAAGCCAAGGGUCCAAGAGCGUUUUUUCAGGUCAGAAGGUGUUCCUGGGCAGGAAAAUAACAGACGUACUGGAGACCAUCACCCACAGAAGCAUCCCAUCAUCAUUGCCGAUCAAGAUAUGCUUCGUCUGCACCUCCACAUUUAUGUCCAGCGCGGCACUAAUCGAUAAGGUCCGCGAGACGGUGGACAGGAUACAGGUCCAGUCCGCCAAGAAUAGCAAGGUAGCGGAAAAAGAGGAGCCGGAAAACGAUAAGAAGGCGGUUAAGGUGCCAAAGAAGAACACCACCCUCCGUCAGCGCAGCAAGUCCAUAGCGGCUUUCCCGCCAAGCUUUGUGAAUGGAGCUAAUACAGAAAUCGAGAUCAUUAGUGCUUCGCCCAAGAAACUCGAUAAGACUCCUAAAAAGCAGAUAUCUCGACUCUUCGAGGACAAUCUUAACGAUUCCGUGAAGCUGACGCCCGCCAAAGAGGUGUCGUCCACUAAGAAGGCUUUCCUUAAUCUCUUUGGCAACGGCGACAAUGAUGCCAUCGAAGUGCUGACCGAGAGCGAGGAAGAGGAGGACUCGAAUAAAGGUCCUAUCACCAUUAACACAAAUAACUUUCAGUGUCCAGAGUGCGAUUUUCGCUCAAAGUUUCCCAAACAGUACAAGGAGCACCUGCAGAAGGAGCAUGGUCUUCAAAGACCGCGCAUAUACUCCUGUGCCUUGUGUAUUAAGACUUUCGGCGUGCUUAAGACCUUGAAAAACCAUCUAAAGGACACUCACUCACGCACUUUUGAGGCCGAGGGCAAGACUAAGGCGAAGGAAAGCAAGGAAAAAGAGGCUAAGUCAGGGGCCAAGAAAAAAAUUGAGACCAAGGCAAAGGAUCGCAAUGCUGUGAGUCAAAGCAAGAAGCCAAAAGAAGGAAAGUCCAAAGAAACCAAAGUGGUUAAGAAAAUCGACGACCAAGAAGUGAACAACAAAAAGAGCACCGACAUUGAGGACGCAGACCAGACCCAGGCAACCAAAAUCGCCUCCUUUAAAGCACUAAAUGAGUCUUUGAUGAAGAAAAGGAUGUUAGAGAACGUAAUGGAUUCGGAAUACACAUUUGCCAUCAAUGGAUCCAGCGCCUCCACUCCGAGGGCGGAUUCGAAUAAUUUUCAGUGCGACAUCUGCGACUCUGAGCUGGUGACCGCCAAGCAGAUGCAGGAGCACAUGACGUCCGUCCACGGCAUCGACAAGCCAAAGGUUUUCAAGUGCCACGUCUGCGAGAAGAGUCUGGCCACCAAACAGUCCCUGAAAACGCACAUGACUCUACAUAACGACGGUGCGGAAGCGUCGAACUCCAGCAAGCGAAAGAUUCUGCAGGAAGAGGAUGAGGACGUAGACAUUCUGGGUACGACUCAGAUUGAAAACACGGCCGAGAAUGUUGAAGGACCUAAGAAAUCGCUGCAAAGCCCUACUAAAGGCGCAAGGUCCACCAACCGAAAGAUUCUGCAAGAAGAGUAUGAGGUUGUGGAAAUUAUAGACGCUUUUAAGACUGACAACACUGAGGAGGAGGAUGAAGGCCCCGUAGAAGAACAGAUUAUACGACCCAGGAACGACAUUGAGCACCAGGUCGAAGGAGGCAUGAUUGCACCUCGGUCGCCAGCUAAGAAGACUAAGAAGGUCAGUCAUAUAGAUCUGUCUGUGUCCACAACCAAUGGCAAUUCUCCUGCCAGGUCAGAAAAACGAAAAAAACAAGACAAAUCUGAGGACACGUUCCCCUCAUCUGAUGUAGACAUAGUGGAAGAAAUCAACUACAACGUGAAGCCGCACAAAAAGGCUCGCCUGGAGUCCAUUGGUGACUCAACCGCCGACGAGUCCACCCUCAGCUGCGAUCAGUGCGGGAAGUUCGUCAAAUCGCGUCAACGCUUGGACUCGCACAUGGAGAAGAAGCACGCUUCCCAACUACGGUGCACUAUAUGCAAGGAAGUCUACCAGACCCAAAUUGAUUACGUGGCUCACUUCUCGAACUGUGGUUCCGAAAGUGGGCUUCCGUGCGGCGUGGCCAAGUGCAAGAAGGUCUUCUCGGAGGCCAACUUCCUCUGCUCGCACCUGCGCAAGCGCCACGAGUUGCACUAGAUUUCUUUUAUUUUUAUUUGUUUUUCAUUUCAUUCUCUUGACCAAUGUAGUUUUACGUUAGCAUAUUGCUUAGUAUUAGUAUAAUUCUUUGAAUUUUCAAUGGUUAACUUUAAAAGGGGCUAUAUAAAGUUAAAAGUCGAUGAAAACUGCAAUUCAUAACAAGGUUACUUCAUACAUUUUUAACUAUUGUUAAGUGCGAUUUGAAAGAUAAGUUUAUGUUGAAUAUUAUAACAUUUUUUUAUAACUUGUACUCGCCAUGAGUAUAUAAAUUAAUUUGAAUGUAAUAAACUUAUUU